AUGAGAGUCGAACGGGCCGUUGAUGAACAUUUGAUCAGACUAUUGACCGGUAUAAAGGUCCAAUGGAUUACUGAAGCUGAAAAGCUAUUAACUACACAGAUCGAGCAGGUUGAGGUUGAAGUGAAAAAUGUCCUUGAUCGUGGUGAAUACUAUGCACGUCCAGUUGACGCUAUUGGUGUCAUUGUGCACUCCAAUAAUGAGCCUGUUGCAGUUGCCGCUUGGUAUGGCGAUGAUCAUGUUGAUGAUUGGAAUGUGUAUGGUGACCAACCGGAACAUUCUCAGCAAACAUAUUAUUUGGGAGGAGCACGCACCAUUUUUGUCGGCUUGUUCUGA